AUGCAACGACUGUGCAUGUAUGCACUGAUCUCUGCACUGGCUCUGGCCACCUUCUCCGAAGCUUCUUGGAAGCCCCACUCCCAGCUGCCAGGUGUGCCGUCAGGUCCAGUGGCCAACAGAGACCUGGAGCAGCAGCAGCACUGGCUGGACCAGAUGAAGGCAGCCUCUCACCACCGAAGGCAGCUGGGGCCCCAGGGCCCCCCACACCUUGUGGCAGAUCUGUCCAAGAAGCAGGGGCCAUGGAUGGAGGAAGAAGAGGAAGCUUAUGGAUGGAUGGACUUCGGCCGUCGCAGUGCUGAGGAAGGGAACGAACAUCCCUAA